AUGUCAGAGGAUAUUAAGACUAGAGCAAUAAAUUAUUUGAAUUGCACUCUGGGAGAUAUGCAUGAGGGAGAGCAACUAAAUUUUGUUUGUCUAGAUAGCACUUGCAAAGAAAUUGGUCUCAUAUGUCCAGUUUGUAGAUCAUAAAAACAUGCAAAACAUAAAGUGAUUCCUUUAAAGAUAUUCCUUGCAGAUAUUUCGAAUAAUGUUAAUGGAAAAUAGAAUCAAAAUUCGAUUGACCAAUUAUUGACUUAGAUAGAUCAAGUGCGUACCAGAUUAUUAUCAAGUCUUAAGGACACUGUGCAAAAAAUGGUUUUAUAAAUAAAAUUACUGGAAGAUUAAAUCAAUUUAAGUCACAAGAACACGAGACAAAGAUUAUUGGAAUAAAAUUAAACAUAAAUGAAUUUUCCAUAAAUAUUUUAGUAAAUACUCAAUUGCCAAUACAAGAAUGCGGAUCAACUCAAAUAGGAUGUGAGAAAGAUUAUAGAUAAUGUUAGUUAAUUGUAGGCUGGAAAGAUUGAGAUUGACUUCAAACCUCAGAGAUUAUUUGAUUAAUAUUAAAAAGCUUCUUCAGAGGCAAUUGCUCAAUUUAAUCAUUUACUUACGUAAUUCAAAUCAUCAACUUCCAAAAUUUCUAAGCCUAUUGAAAAAUUCACUCAACCAUUGUAAGCCUAGAAUUCAUCCAAUUUCACAUUCAGCACUGUUCUUAAAUCUCCGUCGAUUACAAUAACAGAACAAAAAUUUGCUCAUCAAACUGCUGAUCAGAAUAGUGAUAAUAGAUUCAUUUUAAUUGAACCUCAAAUUCUGGAGUCUUGUAAAAUAGCCAUCAAGAUUACCAAUUUAUCUAAUUUCAUUGGCAUAGGUAUAGCUUAUAAAAAUGUACUUUCCUUGAAGAAUAUGAAAUUUGAUCAUUAAAAUUUGGGACAUGGUUCUUACAUGAUUUCAUCAAAUGCACACACCUGGUCUCACUCUAAAAAAGAAGAGAAUAUGGCCUAGAAAUCAUUCACUUUCACUAAUGGUGAUAUUAUCAUUGUGGAUGUCAGUUUGGAAAAUAAGACACUCAAAUUUACGUGCAAAAAUAAACCAAAUGAUACUUAAGCAAUCCUGUUGACCUUUGAUAACCCAGACAAUGAUGAUAUUCAUUUCUGCAUCAACAUGUGUUCUUUUGGAGAGAGAGUGGAAAUCUUAGAUGAUUGGGAAUGA